GGAGGAACUUUUAAGCAUUGUCUUCCUGCUUCGCCCCAAUCAUGAAGAAGAAACAAAGGUCUACCGCCGUCGAAGCGGCGUCAAUCUCCCCAACCGGUGCUGACCUAAAAGCCCUCAUCCGGUCUAAUAGCAUCUUCUUCGACAAUCUCGUUAAUCUGAUCCCACCCAAAUACUACCUCCCAAGCGAGGAGGAUUCCAAGCCAUGGUACCCAGGCUUGUCCAAAGCGAAAAAGGCAUCUCUUAAACGGCAGUCUAGGGAGAACAUCAAACUCGCCCGUCGCAACCGGCUCGACCCGGAACAGAAGAUUGCGCAAUCUUCAACUCUCGACCUCCUCAAAGAAUCCAUCGACAAGCAGAAGAAUGUGGACGAUUCAGACAACGCAAAACCCGUCGAUUUGGGCGAAGAUGAUAAAAAGGAGAAUACGGAUGACCGUUCUGUUACAUAUGAAGAGUUGCGGCUGAGGCUCCGCAGGAAAAUCGAGGCCCUUCGAGGUAAUAGAGGUACAGGCGAGAGAUCUAAGAGGAAAAUGGAUGUCGAGGAUGGAAUUUUUGUGAAGUCGGAAGGGAAGAAGCGAAAAAGGGAUGUUGACAAAGAGGAGAAUACUGGAAAGACUGGCAGCGGUGUAGCUAAUUCCGGAGUCGACCUGAGUGAAAUUGAAUACGGGAAAGUAAAGAUUGGGGACGAUGAGAAGCUCGGAAAGAGGAAGAAGAAGAAAAAGAUACCGAAAGAGAAAGAGCUGGAGAGGUUGAAGAAAUUGGAAGAGGUUAAGAAGGAGAACCCAAAGGUGGCAGAGAAAGAGUCAUGGAAAGCUGCCGCAGAAAGGGCAAUGGGGAUAAAGGUUCACAAUGAUCCAAAGCUUUUGAAGGAGAGCAUGAAGAAGGAGAAGAAGAGAAAAGAGAAGAGCACUGAAAAAUGGAAGGAAAGGGUAGAAAGUAGAGAGAAGUUGAAGGAAGAGAGACAACAUAAGAGGAAGGAGAACAUUUCAGGGCGAAUCCAGGAUAUAAAGUCUAGGAAAAUAGCUAAAAGAGAAAAGAAGCUCAUGAGGCCUGGAUUUGAGGGGCGAAAGGAGGGAUUUAUCACUGAGAAUUGAAGUUAAUGUGCUUAUCUAGCAUGUAUUGUGGUAUAAUAGCUUCAUGCUUUAUCUUUGAUAUGAACUUUGCUUGUGCUAUUAUGCAAUUUAGUUUUAAAAAUCUUGAUGAGGGAAAAGCACGAAAAUUGGUGCAAAAGGCUCUAAUGUUUUCUCUUGGUUCUCAAUAUUUCUUCAAGUUUUUUUAUGUUUUCUUGGUUCUCAGAAAAGACAAUUGAUUUUAUUGUAGCAUUUCCCCUUUAAGAAUAUGGGUUUUCUUUUCAGGAGGUGGCAUUUGGUGUCAGGUUCAUCCUGGUAACAUUGACAAAAUGAUGUAUGAUACUUACGUCUUGUUUAUUUUGGACAUGAACUUUGUGUGGGGUAAUUAUCGUUAUUGUGCAUUUCAGUUAUCAUUUUUUGUUCAAGUCGUACUUCAUUGUAGUUUUGGUGAAGGAAAACAUGAUAAAAUUAUAAUGCCCGUAGGUACACUGGUACACUCACUUCUUAGCUCUCUGAGUUCAAGGUUUGAAUGUUUUAAUUAGUUUGUGUAUACUGUGUAGUCAGAUAUUUGAGAAUGUUCUUUUCUUUCUUUUAGUGUGUUCCAUUUGGUUUUGAUUCGUCCAGCAAAAACAGGGUGAUGGUAUAAUUUUAUUGCAGUAUUUCUUCGUUUAGUUAUUUAAGAGCUGUCUAAUGGCAUGUUAUUUUAUGUGCUUUCUUAACAUUUUUUUCUGGAGCCAUCAAGCAUGGAAUUUAUUUGUAUGUGAGCAGUGUUUUUAUGGAUUGAAAUAUUGAAGGAUAAAAAAGGACUUGGGUACUCAUGAGUCAUGCUUGAGCCUUGAGGUUAAUGUGUUAUUCAGCUUUGUGGUCUUUAUUGAAUAGCUUCAUGUCUUUUUUUUAGAGUAUGUUUAUUUAGGUUGGAUAUGAGCUGCGCCUUAUGUUGAUUUUUUUUCUCUCUUUUUUGAGAUUCUAGACUUGAAUGUGGUUCCAUAGACGAUCCUACACUAGAUGGAACCUACAUUAGGUCUAGGGUGUGUUGAAGUUAUGGAAACAGAAUUUUUUUCUGAAAUUUUUUAAUGUAAACUUUCUUUUUCUCCAUUUAGCCAACCCUCUUUUUCUUUGCGCUAUAGUAUAACCACUCUUCAGACAACAUGAAUUAAGAAAUCUGUCCCUAGUGGUGAAGCUGUUCUUGACGAUAGUUGUGUAAUUGGAAUGUUUGAGCAUUGUAAUCACUCCUUAUGCUCAUCUCACUUCAAAGUAUAUGAAGGUUAUGUUUUGGUUACUUUAUUUUGUGGUCAAUGGAUAUGUGAGCUUGCUUUGGGUUUUCAUUGUAUGGGCUUGGUGGUUUUUAUCACAUCAUCACUGUCUUAUGAUAUUUUCAAAGUAAGGUUGAAUUAUACGGAGUAAUGGUAUCAGUAUAUGGCAAUGACGUUUUAGAAUUUUCAACAGUACUGUGAUGUUGGAGUUCAAACUGCUCUGUAAUUCUUUCUUUUUGACCAAGUUUUUUUGGGAUGAUUUCUUGUAAUCUUUCUCAUUUGCCCGUGAGAUUUAGAAAAGGGAAAAAUGGCUAUAUAGCCUAAAAAAUUAGGCCUCUUGAAGUUAGUAGCCUAUAUUUUAUAUAAUUAAAUACAUAGCAUAUUUGUUGUUAAUAUGAGGUCGGUAAAUUUUUAAUACUGUAUCCAAUUUUUCAUCUGCAAUGUCAGAAUUGGAUUCCAGAUUUCCAGGUCAUGUUGGUACUAAACGGUGGUGUCAGAGAAGCAGGCAAAAGCCGCUACGUUCCCGGAAUUGCAUCCAUAGACUGAUCAUUGCGUGACGUUCGUCGCCGGAACUUUUUCGUGAAAUUUUCUGCCGAACUGUCGUAAAAUCCGCCGCCGCUGCCGCCGAAGUUUGUUGGCACCACCAACGAAUUGUUUUGGUUGUGCAAGGGAACUACGGGGCGAUUGACAUUGCGAGUGGUAUGUUUUGCAGGCUGCUGCUGUCGAAAGAUUUUUUGGGAGUAAGAGUAAUAUGAUAUAUCAAACAAAAGAAUGUUGGAGAAUUGCAUUAUAUGAAUAUGAGAUGAAAGUAAGAUUAACUCUUAGAUGAAACAAAUGCAGAAGUUGGAAUUCGGGAAUUUGCUCCAUAGAGACAUGAUCUCUUUAUUACGGAGUAUAAAUGAAACUAUUGUAAUUAAGGUUAACGGAACUGGUAUGAGGUAAUGAUCGACAUAGUGUAUCGGUUGUUUUGAUAAAAGUUAUCUAGUUUAUUUUUCUUAAUCCAUAACAUUAACUUCAAUGCACAUAUUUAAUUGUGUUUAUAUACCCAAUUUUCUCUUUAGAAAA